AUGUGGAGCCAAAAAGUGGGGGUGAAGAGGUUCUGUUCCUCUGAGUUAAACUGGUCCUUUCUUUGCCCCCCCCCCCCCAUCCCCAUCCCCCUUCCCCUCCUAGGUGCCGAGCACACUGCCACGGCAACCCUUCCUGCAGCCUUCUCGGACCUGUUACCUCACUUCCUGGUGGAGCCGGAAGACGAGUACAUAGUGAAGAACAAGCCGGUGACCCUGACCUGCCGCUCCACCCCCGCCACGCAGAUCUACUUCAAAUGCAACGGGGAGUGGGUGCAUCAGGACGACCACCUGAUCGAACGCACCAUCGACCCUGCCACAGCGCUGCCUAUCAUGCAGGUGAAGAUCGACAUUACCAGACAGCAGGUGGAGAAGAUCUUCGGCCUGGAUGAGUACUGGUGCCAGUGUGUGGCCUGGAGCACUACAGGAACCCAGAAGAGCCAAAAAGCAUAUGUGCGGAUUGCCUACUUGAGGAAGAACUUUGAGGAGGAGCCAAUGGGGAAGGAGGUGGCGUUGGACCAGGAAGUGCUUCUCCACUGCCAUCCUCCGGAGGGCAUACCACCGGCUGAGGUGGAGUGGACGAGGAACGAGGAUCUGAUCGACCCGGCCAGUGACCCCAAUUUUUUCAUCACGGCGGACCAUAAUCUCAUCAUCAAACAAGCCCGCCUGGCAGACACGGGCAACUACACCUGCGUGGCCAAGAACAUCGUGGCCCGCCGCAAGAGCACCUCCGCCACCAUCCUCGUCUACGUUAAUGGAGGCUGGUCGACCUGGACCACCUGGUCGGCCUGCAGUGCUUCCUGUGGGCGUGGCUGGCAGAAGAGGAGUCGGAGCUGCACCAACCCCGCCCCGCUGAACGGAGGCACUUCCUGCGAGGGCCAGAGUGUCCAGAAAAGCGCCUGCACGGCCACCUGUCCAG